UUCUUUCUCAUGUUUGCUAUGUCGUACAUGUGCUUGAUCAUUUCAAUAACGAAAAAGCCCAAAUAUGGAUAUGGUGCGGAUUACCUGGCAAAAAGAAGAAAAAAAACAAAAAUAUUUGCCUUUUUUAAAAUUACCUGUUUCUUUGCUUUUUUUCUAUUUUUUUGAUCUGCAAGCACACAUACAACACAUGAAGAGACUGAUGAAGAAGAAGAAAAAAAGUAGUCUUGUUUUUGUUUUCAACCAUUUCCGUCCUGUGUAUGUGUUUCUUUUUUUCUUCUCUUUGUAUUUUUUCCCAUUCUUGUCAACUCCCUACUUUUUUCCUUCCUUUUUUUUCCUUUUUCUUUUUUGGGUUAAACAGAAAAAACAUAGUCAUAAUCUCUUCUUUUUUCUUUCUCUUUCACUUUUUUAUUUGUAAUUUUUCUUAUAGAAUCUCGCUGCUGCUUGCUACUACUGCUACUUUAGUCAAACAAAGAGCUGCUGGAACAGCCUUUUUGUUUAUUGUUUUUUCUUCUUCUCUCUCUGCCCUACUCUA